AUGAAGCUGCUUUGGCUGAAUGCUGCGAUCAUGUGUGCGUAUUUUCACGCCGAGGCUUGCCAACCCGGCCAGCAGAGAUUCGGGGGUUCUUGCUAUCAACUCCUGACGGAGAGAAUGACUUGGAACCAAGGUGAUGCUGCUUGCUCAGAGAUGGGCGCUGCCUUGGCGGUUCCUGACUCCUUGGAGGAACAUCAGUUCAUCUGGGAGAUGUUCACUGGUAACGUUACUACUAAGGGGAAUCUUUGGAUCGGAUGUAAUGACAGCGCAGAGGAAGGCAAGUGGAUGAGGUCUGGUGAUGAGGGAGGAGAAUGCAACUAUUUCAGUUGGGCACCGGAACAACCAAGUGAUGGAGAAGGUCAGCCGUUCGCUCAAGAUUGUAUUGACCUGUGGCGUCGCCUAAGCGGUUUCAUGGAUGACGUCAAAUGCGGCAAUUCGUUGUUCGUCAUCUGUGAAAGUCCCGUUCCGUUUGCCGUGCCCACGAUGUCCUGCCUGCAACGCUACGCCGACGCCCGCUCCUCAUCCCACUGCCUCAACGGUCACGUCAUGGAGGAUUUCUCGGCAGAGGGUGUCAUCGCGUGCGGCUCGGCGUGCCGGGAUAAGCCUCGAUGCCGCUCCUUCAAUCUGCGACGAGGCGGCCCCGGAGAGAUGAUUUGCCAGUUGAAUAACAUCACCCGUAACGAAGCCGACGUGAAGAACAUACGACUGGACAGUGGCUGCAAAUAUUUCGAAUUCUAA